AUGUCAACAUUAGCUGACAGUAUGAUCUUGAGUCCCCAUCCAACCCCUUCUGAAUCAUUCCAGGUUGAAGAUACAGAUGGAGAUGAAGAAAUGAAUGAAUUGGACGAGUACGAAAAACAGAGAAUUGCCAAUAUCAAGGAGCGUGAUAACCUACUAGCCUCUCUAGGAUUGAACAACACUUCAACUCGAGUAUUUGGCUCGAAACCAAAACUGAAAACUAAACAACCUAUAUUCUCCUCCGAAGAAGCGAGAAGAAGGAGAGAAUUGAAAGCUAAAGAUGCAGCCUCAAGACGGAUAACCGAACCUAGCAGAAGGAGCAAUAGGAUCGCUGCUAAAGAGGUUGAACUCAAAUCUCUAGCAGAUGAUGAUGAUCUGACACCCCCACCAUCUCUUUCCAAAGGAAUUGAACGUAAACCUUUUAUACCCAAAGCGAAAGCGAGAACUCUGUUACCAGGACCAUCAUAUUCAUCAUCAUCACCAGACGAAGAGAGUUUCUCACCUGCUCAGAAACCAACAAGGGGUCAAGACGGUAGACUGAUAUUUGAAGGCAGAUGGAAAGAUGUUUUCACACCGAAUCUCACCCCAGAAGAAAUGUUUAAAGGAGGUGCAUUUGGAGGAGCCUUUUUUGCAGACACAUAUUCCAAUAUCCUGAAAUCACCAUUAUCGGCUAAAGGAGAUCUUUCAUCACUUCCAUUCACAUUACCCAAUUCAUCCAAGUUACUCACAAAUCCAUAUCCCGAUGGAGAGAACAACCGAUUCAGAGUAAGAGCUGGGCAAUCUCUUCAAGAAUGGGAAAAGGCAGGUUGGAUAUGGUCGGAAGAUCCACGUGGAUGGGCUCAAUGGUAUGUGAGGUUCUGGGAGGGAAGGAGAGGGAGAGAUGAUGAUAGACAAGUCAGACGAUGGAUGAAAGUUGCCGGACCUACAGGGAGGUUCAAGCGGGCCUUACUCAAGAAGCUAGUUCAAUCAGGCGGAAGGUCAGCAGUCGCAGAUGAAGAUGUGGGAGCAGUUUUAAGGCAAUGUCUCUGGCAGUGGGGCUACGAGAUGACCGAAGUGGAAUUCGAUAAAGCUAUGAACGGGGAGUAA